AUGUAAUUUUUAAUUGCAAUUCCAUUUUUUUUGAUUGGUUAUACUAAAUCUAUCGAAUUAGAAACUCUUGAAUAUUAUUCUGAAGAAUAUUCACUAGGUAAUGAAUUCAUACAUUGGUAGGAACCAAACUUACAUUAAAAGGAGACGCCACACAAUUUUGUUAUGUGCAAUAAGAAUAAAUUGUGGAAAACAUUUAAAGCAAAACAGAAUUUUAAGUUGAUGCUAUAGCCUUCACAAAAGCAAAAGAUCAAUCUCUUAUGAUACUGAACUCCAAAGGAUAAUUACUAAAUGAAGAGUAGAAUAUUUUGUUAACUUUGCCUAAAUUUGAAUUCAAAGAUUGUAGAAUGCUGUCUAACUCUUAAAGUGUUGCUGUAUAUUGCUUCGAUGGUCAGCAUUUAUAUGUAAUACAGAAUUUAAGUAAUGAAAGAUUAAUUCUUAGAGAAUGUAACUGAAUUUGAACUUGACGAAAUAAAGGAUAUAUAAAUAGUCUAGGAGAGAUACAUUACCUUAAAAGGAAAUGAGUUGUUUUUUAACUUUAAUGAAAUAAUAGACUCGAUAAACAUCAAUUCAAUUGAAGUAUUCAGAAUAGUAAAUAACAAUACUCUAGUGUUCGUAGCAACACAAAAUUAUACAAGUGUUAUUUAUAUUUAUAAAUUUAUCCUGGAUUAAUUUGUUUAUAACAGGAAGGUCAUACUUAAAAGAUUAUACUAAAAUCUAACAUCAAUUCUGAUGACAGAGAAUGAAGAUAUUUACAUAGCAACUCUAAAUCAAUUAAUAAAAUAUGAUGGUUCAGAAACUGUGUAUGAUAUUACAAACACACAAAAAUUGUAUACUCUCAAUAAGGAAGAUAUUGUGAUUGCCAUAAGUAACUUUGGCGUAUUUGAGUAGGAAGAUGAUGCAGUAGAGCUGUAAUUUUAAGGAUAUUGAUUGUAGAUAUAAUUUAAUGGCAAAUCCGAGGUAAAUACUUGAUAUGAGUAUUGGAAAGAACAAAAUUUAUGCUUUGACUCGUCAAUAUUUGUAUUAGGUUUCCUACUCGACUUUCAACCCUGAGUUAAUAUGCUAUCCUUAAGUUUAUCAUAAAUCAGGAGUAUACGAAUUAGAAAUAACAUGUAAUGAUAUUGGUUCUAUGAGUUAGAGAAUGAUGAGGUAUCGAAGGUGAUAGAGAUCCACGUCUAAUAGCCAAUUCUAACUACUAGGAAUGAACACUGGUUAUGGAUUGGAGCUGGAUUAUUUUUUGUGGGAGUUUUGGCAUUAGGUAACUUAAGAUUAUUUUGUAGUGUACUGCAUCUAUGGAAGUUAUAGGUUGUAUAAGUUGAGAUAUUUGAAAUAUUUGAAUUAGUAAAAGGGUGUUUAUUAAAAAUAGUUUUGA